AUGCACUUUGGCAACCAGUUCACCAUGGACCUCCAAGGCACCGGCUCUUGCUUCUGCCAGACCGGCUUUGAGGGCGACCACUGCGAGGUCGCCAUCGCAAGCAACACGAGCGACGUGCCGCUCGGGGCCAUCCUGGGCGCCAUCAUCCCGGCGGUGGUGAUCGCGUUGGUGGUGAUGUGCUGCAUCAUCGAGGACGACUGGGAGGUGGACAUGAACGAGCUGGAGAUGGGCGAGCAGCUGGGCGCUGGCGGCUUCGGCGAAGUGCACAAGGCCGUGUGGAAGGGCACGGAGGUGGCGGUCAAGAUGAUGAUCUCGGAGAAUGCCGGACGCGAGCUGGAGCGGAACUUCAAGGAGGAGGUGCGGGUGAUGACGGCGCUGCGGCAUCCCAACGUGGUGCUGUUCAUGGCGGCAUGCACCAAGCCGCCCAAGAUGUGCAUCGUCAUGGAGUACAUGGCCCUCGGCUCUCUCUUUGACCUGCUGCACAACGAGCUGAUCCCGGACAUCCCGUUCGCGCUGCGCAACAAGAUGGCCUACCAGGCGGCCAAGGGCAUGCACUUCCUCCACUCAUCGGGCAUCGUGCACCGCGACCUCAAGUCGCUCAACCUGCUCCUCGACUCCAAGUGGAACGUGAGCGACUUUGGCCUGACCAAGUUCAAGGAGGAGAUGAACCGCAACACGGCCAAGGAGAUCCAGGGCAGCGUGCACUGGACGGCGCCAGAGAUCCUCAACGAGGCCAUUGACAUUGACUUCAUGGUGGCCGACGUCUAUUCGUUCGGCAUCAUCUUGUGGGAGCUGAUGACGCGGCAGCAGCCCUACAUGGGCAUGAGAGCGGGCCUGACGGGUGGUGGUGGUGGUGCGAUGACCGUGUAUCAGUCCGGCGGCGGUUGCGGUGGCGUGCUGAGGGACAACGCGAGGCCGCCGAUGCCCGAACUCGAGCAAGCGACGGUGCCGGCCGAGUUCGUGGACCUCAUCGGCAACUGCUGGCACCACGACCCGACCAUUCGGCCCUCCUUCCUCGAGGUGAUGACGCGACUGAGCGCGCUCGGCGGUGAGGGCGGCACGUCGUCGCUCACCAGGACCUCGACCUCGUCUUCGUCGGGCGGCGGCGGAGGCGUUGACCGGUUCGGGUCGUGGACCAUGCCAUCGGGCGGGUCGGCGAGCAACACCAGCACAGGCUCCUCCAGCUCCGACGGGCGAGGGUCAGCGGCGUCGGCCGGUGGCGGUGGUGCGGCGGGCGGGGUGCGCGCGCCAGAGGGCGAGAUGGCGAUCGUGUUCUCGGACAUCACGCGCGCUGCCUCGUUGUGGGAGUUCAACGCCGAGGCCAUGCGCGACGCCACGCUCCUCCACAACGACACCAUGCGCUCCUUCCCUGCAUACCCUUGA